CAGCACUACCACCCGCCAUCAGCUGGGCAGCCAUUGCGCGCCGAUGCUAUCAUCGGUCAUCCACCAGCCUUGCGAGGUCACCCUCCACCUCUUGUCUGAGGACAUCUUCAUCCAUCCACCUCCCAGCAAUGAGACAACAGGCAAGGACCAGACGCUGCGAGGCGUCGUCGAGAUCAAAGCGCCCAGCGAGCGUACCAUUGGAGGUGUCAAGGUGACCCUGCAAGGAGUUCAGACCAUUGCUAUGCCUGACUCAACGCCGGGUCUCGCAACCAACAACAUCCGAUGGGAGGAGAAGAUCAUCCUCGACAAGUCGAUGGAGAUCUUGAGCGAUGGAGAUGGCGGUAUUGUCAAGCACCAUCGCAACAAGGGGAAAGGGAAAGCAAAGGAGCGGCCGCAGGGGCAGCAGCAGCAGCAGCAGAGCCAAUACGUGCAGCUGCAGAGCCACGCAACGACGACGGGUACCGACCCCGAUACGGCGGCUGGUGGCCUGCCUCCAGCGUACAGCAGCGCGAGCGAUGACGUCGCCGCUCAGCUUAAUGGUCUCGAGCUUGAGGCGCUAACAGCACCUGCUCGCCACGACGAAGGCAUGCAUCUGGACAGAGGCGUCCACGGCUUUGAGUUCUCCUUCAUCAUCCCAGCCUCCUCACCACCGUUCGAACGCUGCAAACACGGGCGAACACGUUACAUCGUCACGGCCAUUGCGCUAGGAGCAGGCAGGGCCAAGCACAACGUCGUCGCGACUCGUGAGGUAUUCGUCAUCCUCAAUGUCAACAAGGACGGCGGGCCAACGCCACUCGAGAUCACGUAUGCAGACGUCCACGAGGCCCUUGGUCCCAUCUCCCUCUCCCUCACAGCUGCCAGCUUGACUGUGGGCGGAACAGCUACUUUGACCAUCGUCCAUCCAGACCCACCAGCAAAGUUGAAUGUCCUUGUGAUUCGCGUCUUCAUCGAGCAGACCUUUGAGCUCUACUCGGAGCUGCGCAAGGCGUGGCUCAAGAUACCAGCAGAGAAGAUGCGAAUCGCAGAGUGGGGACACAUGCCCAACAAGAGUGGCAAAGCAGCUGCUACGACGGCCUCAACCGAUUCUGGAGAUGCUAUCUGGAUCGCCGACGACGGUUACGGCAGGCCGGGACGAGGAGCCUUCCGCAGCGUCCCUCACACAGCUCCGUACGGCCCCGCGGUGGCCCACCCAAGCUCGUCGUCCACGCCGAACAUGAGUCCAGGAGCUCGACCGAUCCCGUUGCCCAACGGAGCCGCCGCCUCCUCCUCACGCCGCAUGCAUGCAAACUCGCCCACGAUACCCGGUGUGGGGGGCGCCUCCAAUCGCCGAGGCUACCGUCUCAAGUCGACGCUCCGUCUGCCCAACGACGACCAGAUGAGGCCGAGCACUGUGCGCGGUAGUCGUGCCGAUAUCAGAGUGUCACACGAGAUGGGCGUCGAGGUCUUUUUCUCGCGUGAGGACGUCCUUGACACUCGCGAGAAGUCCGACACCUUCGGCAAGCCCAAGGUGCAAGUCUUCUCCGCUAGGCGCAACGUCGUAAUCCCUUCGUGCACGGCAACGUUUGAUACAGUCCAUCUGCCACCCUAUGUGCAAGAGUCUCCCGUAUCAUCCCGUCCUCCAUCACCCACCAAUCUCGCCCGGAGCCCGAUCAACAUCGGCGGUGGGCCUCAGCAUCAUCACAUCAGACCGAACCAUUCUCACACCGAUAUUCAGAAGCUGGCAAAUACGCUGCACAACACGCUACCAGGUGGUCGUGGCCGAGCCACACCGCCCUCAUCCAAGCCGCACUCGAACGGCAAUUCCAGGCCAGGCUCUCGAGCUCCCUCUCGCGACUCGUCACCGACUCGCCCACCGAUUGAGCGCGGAGCCUCGAGCCACAGCAUCGGGCACUCGCUUUCAGCCGCUCUCGGCUCUCACUUCCCGGGUAGAAAGAGUAGGCCCAAUAGUCGGCCCUCUUCACCUACGCAUGAGCGACCUGACCCAACGUCACUCAGCUCCUCUCCCAUCUCGACGUCUUUCCCUUCUCGUGGGCGACGUGGGUUCGGCGCCAACCACCUGCAAGCCUUUACACCCGCCGUGGCUACGCAGACGAACACUGCCCCUGCCUCGGGGACUGCUACGCCCAUUCACCCUCAUCACCACCAGCACGGCUUUUCCACACCGAAUCCUGUGCCUCGUACUCUACCCCCUAACUCGCCCUGGGGCGUCAGUCACCUGCCGCAUCGCACGGGCAACUCGCACGACACGUGCAACUGUGGGCGUACGACGGAGGAGUUGGCUAAUGCGGAGCAUCGCUUGCUUGAAGGCGUACCUACCGCCCCUGGCGCCUUUAGUGAGCACCACGCUGAUGGCGAGCAACCUCCGCCUUGGAGCGAGAGCCGGCCUGCUAGCCCCGACUAUUUCAGUCAGGUGUGGGCCUCUACGGCGAGUGCGGCGCAGACACCUGCGGGACACCGUGCCAAGACGCCAUUCUCGAGCCCGCCGCAUUAGACCGGCGUGGUGGCGAUUCUGAGAUUCUCAGCAUCUUUCCUUUCUUUGCAUCAUCUCUGGUCUCUUCCUACACAUAGAUGCCGUUGUCGAGAUUACAUAUCUCGGUCCACUACUUUUCUCGCUAUUUACCAUCACCACUUGUGUAAUACAUCUAUCCGAUACUCUGUUCGUGCGGGUAC